AUGCAACUCCGGUGCUCGUUGUCACUGUUAUUCGGAUUCCUGUCAUUCGUGUAUGCUGACAAUGAAGCAAGUGGGGAGCUGUUAUCAGACGUUGAAGAGCAGCAGCACACGCGAGCGAAGUUUUUCAAUUGGGAUUACAAGGAUCUUGGUACGUCAUCAUUUGAGGACAUCUCAUUCUCGCCUCGACAGCCGUUCGGGCAAACAGACCUAUGUCCUGAUGGAUGGCUGAAAUUCUCCGAUUCUUGCUAUUACAUUGAACAAGAGACGAUGGGAUUCGCCAAAGCUGAGAAAAGAUGUUUCGACAAGAAAGCUACUCUUUUCGUCGCUAACUCAUUGGAUGAAUGGGACGCCAUCCGUCAACACUCGCCAAAGGCUUUCUUCUCAUGGAUUGGACUAGUGCGCUUCUCGCAAUACGAAAAAUCGGAGCAACUUCCACGCUGGCAGACAGAAGGAGGCGUCAACCCAGCCAGAUUGAACUGGCUUAUCCGCCCAUAUAAGCCACUCUCGAAUGGCUGGACGACGUACGCGAACUGCGCAGUCCAUUACAACCCGGCAGUCUCUUUUGAAACCGCUUCGUACGUCUUCUAUUACCCAUGCACUUUUAUGAUGCAUUCAAUUUGCGAAAGAAACACCACACUUAUCAAUGCGGCCAACAAUAGGCUAUUCCAAUGA